UGGGAAGGCGGCGGCAGCGGCGGGGAGCGGCCCGCCCGUUCGCGCUCGUACCCUUCGCCGUGUCGGCGCCGCCGCUGAGGCGAGCGCCGCUUCCUCCUCCCCCUCCCUGGCCAAGGGCGGCCGCAUGGCUGGGGGCGCCGGGCCUGCCUCCUCCCGGCCGCGCCGCGCUCCCUGACAGAGCCGACGGAGGGAGCGGGCCCGCGGCCGCCCGGCGGGAAGGGGCUGGGGCGGGCUGCGGCGCGGGGAGAGCAGGCUGUUGCGUGCGGCUUCCGUCCGGGCAUCGAAAGGAAAAGCCAAAAACCAGCCUUGCCCCGAGCCCAGCCGCUUGCCUCUCCUGAAGCUUGGGAAGGAAGGGGACUACAAAGGGGCCGCCCUUGCAUUUCAUGUUUCGUCAGCCCGACAGCAUUUUGGCUUGGAUUCCAUCUUGCUCCUACCUGUUCCUGGACAGUGACGGGGAGGAGGAGAGGCAGCGUCCCAGCAUGUCUCGUUACAGCCUCCAUAACCUCCUGGACUGGAUGUAUGGGGGCGUGGACCCCAGCUUUGCUGGCAAUGGAGGGCCAGAGUGCGCGGCCUUUCUCUCCGGGCAGCAGCGCCUUCUGGAGAGUUUGGUCUUCCUCAGCGUGGGCGUCGUGGAGAUCCUUCUGUCCCUGUGGAAGCUCAGGCAGCUGCAUUUCAGGGAGCUGGAGGGUCACCUGCUGCAGCAGCCCCAGACUAAGCAGGAGAGCUUGGGCAAGAAUGUGCUGCUGGUGGUGCUCUGCCUCAUCUUUGGGCUGGAGGUGGGCUUCAAGUUUGCCACCAGGACCGUCAUUUACCUCCUGAACCCCUGCCAUGUGGUCACUAUGAUGCAGAUAUUUCUUCUUGCCUGCCCUCCAUGUCGGAUUGCAAUGAUUCUCUUCAGGCUGCAGAUGCAUAUGCUGAAUGGGGCCCUCUUGGCAUUGCUGUUUCCUGUUGUUAACACACGCCUGCUUCCAUUUGAAAUGGAAAUUUAUUACAUCCAGCACGUGAUGCUUUAUGUUGUGCCCAUCUAUCUGCUGCGGAAAGGAGGUAUCUACACUCCAGAACCACUCUGCAAUUUCUGGUGGGCUCUUUUAUCCACGGGGUUUAUGUUUGUAUAUCAUUUUAGCAUCUUGCAGAUUCUGGGAUUGGUUACAGAAGUGAAUUUGAACAACAUGCUGUGCCCAGCCGUCUCAGAUCCUUUUUAUGGGCGCUGGUACCGAAUCUGGGCAUCUGGACAUCAGACUGUCAUGACUAUGACUCAUGGGAAGCUCGUAAUCCUCCUGUUUUACAGUGCUGUCCCCAUCUUUAAAUGUAGCAUGGACUUGCUUAGGCUCCCACCUAAGAAAAUAGACUGAAUUUCUCCCCAUGGAGUAGUACAUACAGGAAGCAGAGAUACUUAUACUGGAAAACAAAGAGGAGGGAUGAGAGGACAAUGUGUUUUAUACUUUUCCCCACAGUUUAUUGCCUCAAAAACACCUCCAUAAUCAAGUGAGGUUUUUUUAACUGCUGUUUCUCACUGCCUAUUGCCGAUGGCAAAAUUAGUGGCCUUAUUCUGGAAAAGGUUCGUGUUUUAUACAUUUUGUGUAAUUACAGUAGAAUCUUGCUAAGCCACUGUUUAAAAUUAGGCCAGGAUCCACAUUCCAGCAAAGAGAGUGGCAGUGCUACCUCAUUUUGACUCAUUUUCCAUUAAAUAUAAGUACACUUACACCAUAGGGUAGGAAAUAAAGCUGAAUUACGACACUCCAGUGAUGUGAACAGAAUUGCACCUUGAAGUGCAUCUCCCUGGCUUAACUCUUAGCACUUGAAUGUUGCAAAAUGGUCCCAGUGAAACGAUGUACACUUAAUCUUCCAGUCCUAAGUGCAAAACAAUGAGGUUCUACUCUAUUUUCUUUAAGCUGGUUGAAAAUGAUGGGGAACAAUAAUUCAUUCAAAAAUCUUUUUUUUUUUUUUAUUGACUACUUAAUUUCUACGCUGCUGUGGAUAAAUAUCUGUCUGGCUAAGUCCCAUCAGAUCUUGAUGUUUUGGACGUGGUUUUAUUUAAGUGAGUGGAAAAACAUGUUGAAAUAAUUUUGAAAGCCCAUGUUACAUAUAAGCUAUGAUAUUUCAUCCGCUGUUCUGACCUGACUUUGAACAAAGGGGUUUUUUCACUUAGUUUAGACUGGAGAGGGAGUGGAGAUACAAAGUCCAAUGUAAACAUCAGCAUUUUCUUUUUUUACUUACUAGCUUUUGAAACAUUCCUCCUCUGCGUUCUACGCUGAUCGUUGCUCAGCAGAGUGGUUAGUGAGGAAACAACAUGACACUGUUCUCUCUCUACAGCUCUAAUACAUUCUGUACACUGGUUUUACAAUGCAGGUAUAAAAAAGAACGUCAAAUCAGUGCAGGCCUCUGCUGUUCCAGUUUACUAGUAUGACUAAAGCUUCCUGUCAACACGUCUUUUGGGGAACAGGAUGUAGACAGGCAGAAUGAUAAAAAGUAAACUAUGUGUUACCUGUUACAUUUUCUGAGGCUAGAGGAGAAACUGUUGGGCCGAAAGAUGGGAAAUCUUGAGUGUGUUCCUCCAGACAGUUAAUUGUGAGUCUGUUGUGCAGCUCUAUUAUAUUUCGGGGCUGCAGGAAUUUUGUUGUACAAAAGUUUGUUGCAAUUUAUAGAUUCAUUGUGUCGUCAAAGCUGUGACUUGUAAGAUAAAACAAAACCAUCAUACCUCCUCCAGCUGGAUCACCUGAAGAUGUAUUCUGAAAUUAAGGUACAGUCAUUAUACCUCAAGAAAGAAAAGUAAGAAUGAGAAGUGGUUGCCUUUUUUUUUUUUCUUUCUUUCUUUAAAUAGAAAAAUUUUCAUUGGAGAGGGAAUAAAUGGCUACUUCAAAUAUUUUCAUUUCAUAAGAUUGAAAAAAAAGUACUCCUCAGUCAGAAAUAUAUUGUUCUACGUUCUCAUUUACAAGCUGUUUUCUGGCUUGCUUCCAUGCCUUGCUCUGUGUGUGUAUGUGUGUGUGUGUGUAUAUAUAUAUACACACAUUAAAAAAUAUACUGCACUCUCCCAGCUUGACAAAUACCUAAAUUAUCCAUCAAAUGUGUAUGGUGAGUCUUAGUUUUAGGGACUGUAGGGCUCCUGAUGGUCUUAAUCAGAAUUCAUCUCGAGCAAGCGAAGCACCUGGUAAUGAGAACUCCCCGCAGAGAGUUUCUGUCAGUUGUUGAUCCUGUGAGUGUCUCAGUCCAUAAUGGGUUUCCUCCAGUGGUCUUGCUGCUGCCCCAGUAAAGCUGGGCAGAUGGUGCCCAAGUAUUUGUGGCGUGGGGCCUAAAGAGAGAUUGUGUUGGUAUGGAAGGGCUGAAUCUGUCUGCAGGACACCACUUAAUUACCUGCCGAAGGGAUACAAGUUCUUGCUGUUUGUUUAAGCAGAUUUGGUGUUUUGUGAUGAAAUGCGGGAUGUUGCUGGGAGAUGCUAAGAUGUGCAGUGCUGGAUGUUAAAGCAUAACCCCUAUUAAUGUACUUAAUCUCUUAUGAAGAGCUGAAUGAGAUGCACAGUGAUUCUUCCCUCCCCAUAGCUCCUGUCAAGUGUAUCAUGGUUUAUUUAUUUACUUAAGAAUUUGGCCAAAUGCCUUAUGUUGGAUUCAAUGCUGUUUAGAAAGAAUGUUUGGUAUUACAGUAGACUGAUUUUAGCCAAAUUUUGCAAAUGUUACUUAGCAUUAUUAGUUGCUUAACUUUAUAUAUUUUAUUUUUUUGAAGAAUCUUUCAGUUUAUUUUUUCCUUCAAAAUAUUGUAGUUACUGGAAAAAUAUCUGAAUUAUGUGAAAGUAGUAGCAGCUUUUUUUUUUUUUUAAUACUAUUACACUUCCUGUCUAUAGUCAUAUGCUUCAGGGUAUUCUAAACAAGUAUGGAACAGCUGCUAUUUGCCACCAUUGGCUGCCUCUGGUCAACUCAGACUGCAGCAGCAUUUCAAUCAGCUCAGGUGUCUGGCUCAGUGCAGGCUGUUUGCUUGGAAUGCAAAAUUCCUGAGCUCUUCCAACUGACUUCAGAUCCAGCAGGCGGAAUGGCGCUGAUAAUCCAGCUGCCACCAGGGAAAUCCAAUUGGGAGGAAAGGGUUCUUGGUGAAGCUGUACCACUUGCACCAUUGACUCUGGAUGGCUCCUGCCUCCCUUCCCACCCCCGGCCACAGCGUUUGCCUGGGUCACUGUGCUGUGACUCCUGCUUUUCUCUUACCCUGCUCCAGUUGUUCUGUGUCACACGAGAAACUUCAGGCCUCAUUUCCCAACACGGAGUUUGCCGACAGAACUGCUCAUCGGUGCCAACGGGACGCUCAGAUUCCCCUUCCAAACCUUACCAGGGCAGGUGCUGGAGCUGGUUGAACUCUUCUAUACCAAAUUCAGUUGCUAAAAUGUUAACAGAACAUGGUAAUUCAGCAAAAAAGUUGAGGUAAACCAGCUGCUCCACUCAAUAAGGGUUUUAGGGUAUUGGAGCUGCUUAAGAGUCAAAUGGUGGAGCUGGAGUCAGGUGGGAGGGAAGGCGGUGGGACCUUCACUUUUUUUGAGGGUAAGCUGUUGCUGCUUUGCUUGUUGUACAAUGUGGAUGAAGCUGGCUGAGGCAGCGUAGAAUCAUUUAGGUUGGAAAAGACCCUUCAGAUCAUCGAGCCCAACAGUUAAGUCUAACUCUGGCCAAGUCCACCACUAAACCAUGUCUUUAAGUGCCACAUCUACGCAUCUUUUAAAUACCCCCAGGGAUGGUGAUUCCACCACUUCCCUGGGCAGCCUGUUCCAAUGUUUCACAACCCUUUUAGUGAAGAAGUUUUUCCAAUCUAAACCCAAUAUCCGAUUUAAACCUCCUCUGACACAAUUUGAGGCCAUUGCCUCUUGCCCUAUUGCCUGUUACUGGGGAGAAGAGACUGACCCUCACCUUUCAGGGAGUUGUAGAGAGCAAGAAGGUCUCCCCUCAGCCCCCUUUUCUCCAGGCUGAACACCCCCAGCUCCCUCAGCCUCUCCUCACAAGACUUGUGCUCCAGAGCCCUCACCAGCUUCCUUGCCCUUCUCUGGACACGUGUCAGCACCUCAGCGUCUUUCUUGAGGCUCAAGUGUUAAAUUAUUCCCUCCCUCCCCUUGCUCCUUUCUGAAAGCUUUUAAAACUUAUUUAAUUUUAGUUUACGAUGUGGUGCCACAAGAACCUGUAUGAGCACAGCUGAGCCACAAGCUUCACAGAAGGUGAAGAACAGGUCAGAAUGAGAGCAGAAAGGGCAUGAACUUCUGAAGCUCAUGUCAUGGAACUUCAUAUCCUUUAUUCCUCAGCUGUCUCCGGUAUCUGGAAUAUGCAUCAGACAGAGCUUGUUCAGUGUGCAGGAUAUUGGUUUGAAUGGGAGAGCAGAACACUUAAAUCUCCACUGGGGUAAUUUAGUCUCUUCCCCGGCAGAGGCCGGUUUUCUUUUCCCUGAAUGGUUUGUUUAUAGGCUGUUAUGGUACAUGGGUGAUUUCUUUGGUUGCUUUUAUGCUUAUUUAGGCUGGAAAUUAAAGAGCAAAAGUAUACUGCUGUUCCUGAAUGCUAAUGGCAUUCUCUCCUGUGGCAUGAUGCGCACAAUCUGUGUCAAGAUAACUUGAAGCUCUUGCCCAGUAGCCGGUGGUGAGAUUUUACAAUUGAAAGGGCAGUCCUGGCCUUCCCUGGCAAAAUGUCCCGAAAUCUUUUGUUGCAGUUUAAUUCCCUCCUGUUUAAGCACCAAAGAAUUUGCGUCUUGUUUUUUUGUGAAGGGUGAUAAUGAACAGCUCUUGAUCAUGCUUGUAUAGAUCAGUGAAAAGGCCCUGUCUACGAACACAAGCCUACACUUGGGUUUGGUUCAGCUUCUUAGGGCUUGGUGGAACCCCCUCGUGCUUAAGCAGCCGUUGCCUUGCUGACACUGGGGGACACGCUAAGUCAGGCCAUUCUUCCCUCUAAGAUUUAGAGAGUACCUCCUCGUUGUAG